GAUCGGCUAGAAACACAUACCAAUCAGCCGAGAAGCCAAAGAAGCCAAGAACACUAGAGAAGAGGCUCUGAUACCAUGUUAAACUUCAAUAAAUCGAACCAAGGAAACGAAUAAGAACACGAGAUUUACGUGGUUUCCUCAACGGCACAAGGCGUUUUGUUCUCUUAUUCUCCAAAAUCAGUGUACAGUCUCGUAAACCACCCGACACCAAUAUAUAUGGCCGACUACUAGGCAUAACCAAACCCUAGCUCUCCCGCAUAGCUAACAAUAGUAAAUAAAGGCUAUUUACAUAAUAGUACACAAACUUCUAUAUUCUAACACCGCCGAGUCAAUUUCCCCAUCGAUUUCAAUAUCCACCAUCUGAUUGGUCAUUACGCACUCAAAUCCCGAACCACCUUCAUCCCGCACCAUCCUCGUUGCCUGGUCAUUCUCAACAUCGUCCCUACCGUGGCAAUCGACGACAGGGGCAAAAUGUUUUUUCCUUCGAUAAAUCAAGGGAGGGAUUUUCUGGGGAACGAAGCAACAAAAUAAAUAAAUAUUUUUUAAGAUUAAUAAACCAGUUUUUAGGGAUGGCAAAAAUAUAUGUAACCGUGGAUAUCCGCCCGAAUCCGUCCUAAUCGGGUGCCCCCCCCCCACCCCCCCCCCCCCCCCCCCCCCCCCCCCCCGAUUAUACACAUGCAUAUGUAUUUUGUCUAGAAAUAAUCAUUAUUUUUCUCUAACAUAUUUUAUAUUUAGCAUAUAAAUAUAAUAUUUUCAUGAAAUUGUGUUAUUUUAAUUAAUUUUCUUCAUUCUAGUGAAUUAUUUUCGUAAGUUUCCUCUUAUGUAAUGUGAGAAUACGUGUGAAUGUAAACAUAUUGGUUGGAGUUAUGAAGAGAAAUUACUACCCAUGGAUAACCGUGGAUAACUGAACCCCAAACGGGUAUGGGCAUGGUUUUGAUAUUCUACCCGUUUCACAUGUGGGUAUGGGUAAAACCCGAACUACUUUGGGUAAGGUAACAGAUAUGCACUAUCCACCCCUGACCGACUCAUUGCCAUCCAUACUGGUUUCUCUGUUCCGUUUCAGUAACAUAUUACUUUAAUAAAUAAUUUUAUUUUUAAUAUAAAAUAGGUUCAACCAGGUUCAACCUAGCUUGGUUAAGUGGUGGUUAAAAUCAAUGGUCCGCAUUAAAGACUGCUAAUCCAACAACUAAAGGGUAGGCGACACUAGUGCCAGCACGACACCAUAGAAUCCCCGUUGUUUGAGAUAUUAAAAGUGGGUUGUGUUUUACACUAUUUUUUAGAGUCACAUCAUUAGGUUAUUUUUGUAAUUAGUGAGAACUUUGAGAGUUUAUCAUUUUAAUAGUUUUAGCUUUAUUCCUUUAUUUCCAUUAUAGUCUACACAUAAAUGAAUCCAACCUAAUCAGAUAUGUCCAAAGCGAAUUAAACCCGACGAGUAUUGGGUCGAGAGCGAGUUUUACCCGCUUUUGUUAUUGGCGAGUUGAAAAGGGUGUUGAUUUUGUUAAAAACUCGCCACGUUUUCCAUCCAACCCACAUCCAAAAAAAUAUCCGGUUAAUAUUCGGGCUGAACACAGUGUUAACGAGUUUUGGGCUGGAUUUUGUAAUUCUUGCCCCUGUUUUUGUAAUUAGCGGGUUGGUCUGGGUGUGGAUUUUGCUAAAAACCCGACCGCUCUUUUCAUCCGAUAUACACAAAAAAUAACAAAACAAUCAAUACGGUCAAUCUAGGUUGAACAUGAUGUUGACGAGUUUUCGGUCAGAAGUGUGUUUUACCCACUUUUGAAAUUGGCGAAUUGGGCAGGUGUGGAUUUUUGUUAAAACUAGACCCUCUUUCAAUUUUUUGGAAUUGAUAAAAACUUCAUGACCUUUACGAUUUUAAUGGUUUUAACUUUCUUUCUUAAUUACUUUUAUGUCUUAAUUUCUUCCACUUUUUCUACAUCCCACAUCAAGAGGGAGACCUCUUUUUAAUUUUCCUACCUCUUUUAAAAAUAUUUGGGUCGGGAGCGAGUUUCACCAGCUUUUGUAAUUGUCGGGUUGGGUCAGUUGUGUAUUAUGUUAAAAAUUCGCUCUCACUUUCCAUUGAUUUGCAUAUAACAAACAACCACAAUGGACACGGUCAAAGCAGUUAAAUAUGGUGCUGACGAGUUUUGUGUCAGAAGCGUAUUUUACCCGCUUUUGUAGUUAGCGUUGAGUAAGGUGUGGAUUUUUGUUUAAAAUGGUAUACCUCUUUCCAUCCAACCUUCAACAAAAAUAAUGUCAUUUCACGGACGGGUAUCCGAACUAAUUUGAUCCUAUCUAAACGAGUCGAACCCGGUGUUGACGAGUUUUGUGUGGGAGCGACUUUGACCCAUUUUUUAAUUGGUAGGUUGGGUUACACGUGGUUUUGUUAAAAUAACUCGUUCUGCUUUCCAUCGAACCUACACCCUAAAAAUAAAACAAUCAACCCGAUCAAAGCAGGUUGAACUGGAACACGGUUUACCUGCUUUUGUAAUUGGAGGGAUUGAGUUGGGUGUGCAUUAGGAAAGACUAAGCAAUUCCUAUUUGAAGGAUUUUGGUUUGGAGACUUUGGAAUGUACUUUACAAGGUUAGCAUAUGGGUAUGCAAUAUAGGACAUACAUUUUGAUACCUAAGAAAACAUGGUUAUUGUUGUGACAACUAGUUUACCUCCAAUACCUUCUAUUUGUGAAUGUUGUAAUGUUGGCAACUACUGGUGAUCUUGAACUUUGUUUCGUUCUUUGGUAGAAUGUCGGGUUUUAGCAUUCCAUUCUCCAUAAGUUCUGACGAAUUUUCUUUUCCAUCACUAUCAUUGCUGAUAAACCAAGUUUUUAUUCAGUCAAGUACUCAAGCUAUUAAAUUUAUCCUUUUCUAAAGUAAUUUUGUGGUACAGUUAUUUAUCUUUCUGAACACCUCCACAAAAUUAAUAAUCCUCAUUAAUUUGCUUUCGGAAUCAAUUUCCGCAGAGCAGCGUGAGCUUCCGUGUUGGUGAUUGAGUAAUGGUUUUGUCUUUCCCUCCUCCUCUUUCUCAAUGUAUAGACCUUUAAUACACAACUGUAUGUUCUUAAGGAUAUAAUAUCAACAUAUGUAAUUUACCAUGUAGUGAAGAAAAAAAAAAGUGUGAGCUAUAAUUAACUUCGUAUUUGACGAAUAAAAGACAUGAUUUUAUCUGUUUUAAUUUAUUUGAUUUCAUAAAUUCAAAAUACAAUUAAUUGUAAAAAAAAUUAGUAAAACAAUCAUAAUUGGUCAAACUGUACCCACGACGACCUAGGUCUGUCAAGAAUAUAGCAAAUUGUUGUAAAAAAUGAGGCAUGGAAUUAUCAGAUUCGUUAAUGUAGGAAAACCUUCACCUACGAUUCGUUAACUAAAGGAACGACCUCCUAUCAUCACAAAUAAUAUUUUCUUAUCACAAAAAAAAAAACUAUUCAUCAUGCUCAUAUUUGGAAUGGUACGCGACAACUUAAUUAAUGAAAUCGCAAAAGUUCAACUGCAACGAAAUAUGGACUUUACUGAUGGAAUCCUACUGUUACAUUGUGCUAUUGUGUUCGAAUGGAGGGUGGCAUUUGGUGGAUAUUUUGUGGGGAUGCCAAGUUAGGUUGGACAAAGUCUGAAUGGGCUAAUUGUUAAACAAUCAAAUCAGCAUAUCAAAAGAGCAAAGACAAGAACACGAGAUUUAACGUGGUUUGGCCUCUUAGAGAGACUUUACUCCACGGUGGUUAACGUUCUCCGUAUGUCCUUUUAAAAUGUGGUUGUCCUAGGGUCGAAUUUUUUCAAUAUUUGUAUAUGAAUUUUAGUUAUUUGGAUAUUAAUUUCACUGAACUUACAUCGAAUCACAAAUUUAGGCGCUACUUUGCCCCGCACAAGAGCCUAUGUCAUCUAGCAAAUAAAUUCCGUUUGCCACAUCACCACCAAUGAUUAAACAUGUUAUAUAUAAGCUCAUCUCAGAACUUUCUUCUUCCAUUCUAAUUCUAACCAAACAAUUCUAACACGUUACUAAUUCCUGGCGAUUUAACGAUAAGCAAAGGUAAACAAAAACGAGCACGUUCUCAUUUAUGAAGAAAACCUAACUCGCACGUAAGUCUGUCUGUCCCUUUGGUUCCUUGCCUUCAAUUGACAAACAAAUCAUUUCCCGCCAUAUAGACCUUAUCCAAAACACCUACUGAUCUCCCCCCACAUUAUUAUUGCUUAUCGGAUCUCAACUUCUCAACUACCAAAUCGCUAUAUACAAUAAACUGCUUCUCCUGUUCCCUCUUCAUAUCAUCACCCAAAUCAAAGGCCAAGAGCAAAGAACUUUGUUUUUGUCGACCAAGUUCUCUGAAGCAAACAAGAAAAAUGGCAUCAGGAAGCAGCUGCGACUGCGAGUCCAAGUUCCCACCAGAGAGCCAGCCAACUCAGCCGGCAAAGGAAUACUUGAUGAACCCUCUCCCUCAACCCCUAAACCCUACAAACCCACCAACAAACUCCUCGUAAAUCCCUUUGAUUUUUCGCAUCCAAAACCCUUCAAUUCACACCUUCAUUUCGAAAUGUUUACGUGAACGUAUAUGUAAGUACAUACUGUGUUGAUCAUGCAGGGGAAGGUAGCUCUGGUGACAGGAGGAGACUCGGGAAUCGGGAGAUCCGUUUGCCUACACUUCGCCAUGGAAGGUGCUACAGUCGGGUUCACGUACGUCAAGGGCAUCGAAGACGUGGACAAGGACGAAACCGUCAAACUCAUCAAACAACUGAAAACCCCUUCUUCGAAAGAUCCGAUCGCCAUACAGGCCGACCUGGGGUACGAAUCGGAGUGCCAGAGGGUUGUGGACGAAUUCGUCAGAGAGUACGAGACCAUCGACAUCCUCGUCAACAACGCGGCGGUCCAGUACUACACGAACUCGAUGGACGACAUAACAGAAUCCAGGCUGGAGAACGUGUUCAGGACGAACAUUUUCGCCUACUUCCUCAUGGCGAGGUUCUCACUGAAUCACAUGAAACGAGGCGGGUGCGUAAUCAACACGACCUCCGUCGCGGCCUACACGGGGAACAGCGAGCUGGUGGAUUACAGCGCGACGAAGGGCGCGAUCGUGAGUUUUACGAGGAGCCUGAGCUCGAUGCUCGUGGAGAGAGGGAUCCGGGUCAAUGCGGUGGCACCGGGCCCCGUUUGGACGCCGUUGCAGGUCGCCGUGAUGCCGCCGGAGAGGACGACCACGUUGGGGUGCGAGGUGCCGAUGAAGAGGGCGGCGGCGGCUUAUGAGAUCGCGCCGUCGUAUGUGUUUUUGGCUUCGGAGGGUUGCUCUUCUUACUUCACUGGCCAAGUCCUGCAUCCCAACGGGGGUUUGAUCGUUAAUGCUUGAACGACGACGUUGCGUUUGAUGGCACGUGGCCAACCGGUCGUAGCUGUUGCAGUUAUAUAGUGUACUUUUUACCGUUGUGGACUUGUGGUUGGUUGGUUUUACUUUUUACCGUUGGAACAUUAAUAGGAAUCGUGUGUCUCCCAUAAAUAAUAGUGACUUGCAUCGCCAUUUAUAGAAGGAAAGAAGAAUAAAGUCUGUGCACAACUGCACAUCACAUGCAUGGUCAUAAAAACAGUUUGUUUCUCACCGUGGUAAAUGGACGAGGUAGCUUGAAGUUAGAGGGACUAUAAACCUAUAGCUCCAUUUAUGGCAAAGUGUUGGCAGCAAUAACCUUGGGAAAACAAAGGCAGAUCAGAUUUCAAUGUUAACGCAAGAGACCCACUAAACUCCACAGCAAGAUUGUUGAGAUCAUCGGUAGACAAUUUACUGAUGAGGAAAUCAACCUACAUCUCCAUAACAAAUUUGGCCUCGUUUGCUUCAGGGUUUUCAAUUUUUCAUCAUGGAUUUGGUGCACAAAACCCAAAUUUCAAAGACUUGGAACAAAAUCCAUUGUUUGUUUCAAGGUUUUAAUGGAGAUAAAUCUGUGGGUCCACAGACUUAAUGGUCCAAUUCAAUGGCCCCAUGGACUUGCAAAUUUCAUAGUGGGAUUUGGCUGAGGGUGGGAAGUCCGUGAUGGUUAUUUACUCUUUUAUCCCCACUCAUUUUAUUAAUGACAAAUUUGUCCUCUUUAUAUUUGCUAAGCCUUUAGACUAGAGAUAACGAGAGAUCCGGAAAGGAGUGGAAAGACGAGAAGGAAAAACAUAACGAAUAUGGUGGAUGUGGUUGGACUUAACAAGCAUCAAUAUAUUUGUGAGGAUAAGAAAGACGAGAAUUCUAUAAUUGUAGGGUACAUCAACUAGUUUAAUGAUGUGUGGUAAGCUCAACUUGAAAAUGUGCGCCUCCACGGAGGUUGUAUAUGGAGUAAGUGGGUAUUGGGUAACAAACUAACAAUGAUUGAAGCACUACUUUGUUUAAAACUCAAACUCCUAACAGUAAAUGUAUAUGAACUUGUUUGUUUAAUAUUUGAUAAUCCGUUCAUUUUAAUGAGAGAAAGCAGCUCAACAUUGAAUUGGAAGUGUCUUUGCUUUCUGUUCAGGAUGAAGGAGAGAUGGCUAUGUCUGCGAUUUGUUGGGAUAUAUGGACCUGCAAAUGCUUAUGGAAUUUUGAAGACUUGUCUACUAUAUGUAGUCAACUUUUCAACCUUCAGUUUAUAGACUAUUGCUUAGAUGUAUGUGAUGAUAUAAAGCAGACUGGUUCAAUAUUUCAAAUUUUUUAUUGAUUUUAUGUUUGUUUGCCUAAAUGAUUCUCUUCAGACCUUGAAAUUUUGGAGAGGUACGAAGUAAUUCUAAACUACUUUGUUUGUAUGGAAACAAUAACAUACAAAUAAUUUUAAACAAGAACAAUAAGGUCAAUGAUAUUUCUACCCACGAAUAUAUUUAAGCAAAAUCU